ACCUUGGGGGUAUCUUCUUCCCGCCGAUCAUGGCACCUAGUGGCUACAUACACACACACCCCUCUCUGUCUCCUUUUUGAGGCGCCUCAAAAAUCACCAAGUGGCACACACACACACGCCUCUCCGUCUCCACGCGCCAUAGAAGGCCUUACUGUUUCGCAAGGCAUGCUCCAUCUCAGGCACGAGCACUCUUUUCAGCGCCUUGCCGCUGUUUCCGCUGAGUCCUUUUCUUAUGCCUGCGCUGACCGCGUUGGUCAAGACGCGACGACGGGGCUUUCACUGUGCAAUCUUGUGGAUGUCGAGUCGAGAAUCGAGAUGCAUCAGCCAAUCUUUUAGAGCGCAUUCCUAUCGAUUGGUCGUUGGUCUCGGUGACUGAUUUCGGUGCCGAAGGCGUUGGUACCCUCCUUUCCUGUACAUCGCAAAAGCUAGCUGAAGGCAGGGAUCGCUGUUUCCGUUUCAGAAGGUCUAGGUUUCGGAAGGUCUAGGUUCACUCCCCUUUAAUAGUUCCCAACGGUUCCUGCGUUACAAAAGUAGCUUCAGUUUCGCGCAGCCUACCAGCGGCGAGUCCGCUCGGCGUUAUCCUCCUCUUACCCCAACCGGCUAAUUUUUUCGUAGCGCGUGCCUUGGCCAACUCUUUCCUGGCGAGCUUGUACUAGGGAGCGAGGAGCGAUUUCCUCUCACGCGUUCUCUCGCCCUCCAUCGAUCGCUAUGGCCCUUAGGGGAAGUAGACCGAAGCCGCCCGUAGUUAACAGGUUCUUACCCACGAUACUCUCCCUCGCGAUAGUCUCCUUGGUAAUUUUUUCCGAUAUAGAGUCAGCACACGCAGGACGGUUUUUGACAGGGAAGGCGUUGGGCGGAGGAGGGGAUGGGGCUAGAGGAGCGGGUGGCGAUAGUGGCGGAGAUGGAGUAAGUGGAGGGGAUGAGGUCAGUGGAUCGUCAUUGCGUAUUUUAGACGAGGUGCUUGUGACUAAGGGCGCUCCUGUUCUUGUAUCGGUGCUCAACGAUGACGAGAAUAAGAAGGCCAAGGAGAAAAAGGCAAAGGAGAAGAAGGACAAGGAAAAGAAAGAUAAGGAGAAAAAAGACAAGGAGAAGAAGGCCAAGGAAAAGAAGGCAGCUGUUGAAAAGGGCGCUGGUAAAGGGGACGCUGUUAACGGGGACGCUGUUAACGGGGACGCUGCUCAAAAAGAUAGUAGCGAAAAGCCCAAGGCUGAUUCAAAGGGGACCGAAGUGUCGCAGCCCAAGUCGCCAGACGUGUCGCAACCUACGUUGCAAGAGAGGCCAAGUUCGUCGUCGCCUGAGGGCGGAUCGAAAUCCGAUGCUCCAUCAGCAGGGAAACCGUCGCACAACGACGUACAGAAGGUCCCUAGCGAACAACCGCAGGAGUCGCAGGAUAACUCGGAAAAACCAGCGGAGAACCCCGCGAAGUCGACCGCUCCCGAAACUGCGUCAGAAGCAAAGCCCGCCGCUGGUGUAGACGGCGACUCAGCGCCGAAACCGGCACCGGAACCGGCACCGGCACCUGAACCGGCAGCGGAACCGGAGCCGGCACCUAAACCGGCAGCGGAACCGGCGCCGGACUCCCCUGCGGGAGGAGAGUCAAAGCCAAUCCCCGCUGUUGGCGGCGAUUCCACGGCGAAUCCAGAUUCCGGUAAAUCGGGCGACGAGGGCUCGACGGACGGCAAGGGGGUGCAGGAAUGGAGCGGAGGGUCGAAAGACGACGGAAAAGGUGACGGAAAAGGUGACGGAAACGUUGACGGAAGCGAUGACGGGGAGGAGGGGAACGGCGGAACGAAAACGGCAGGGUUCAAGAUGAAAGACGAUAAGCGCGCCGAUUCCGUCAAGCCCCAGAAGGUCGACGAUUGGUUCGGGAUUCACCAGAGCUACAGUGACGAGGCGGGGGCGCUUAAGACGGCUGACGUCAUCUUUUAUGGCGACUCGCUGACUGAGGGGUGGAGUGAGAAGUUUCUAGGAAGGCACCUCGGGCUGUACGCCAAUGUCAGCGGGGUGUUCGAUGCACUCAAGGCGUCUUUUGGCUCGGGGAGGGAGGUCCGGGCGUUUGGGAUAGCUGGGGACACAACGGACGACCUUAUAUGGAGGAUGCAGAAUGGGGAGCUCCCGUCUUCACUUAGCCUCUCGCUUGCAGUGGUCUCUGUGGGCAUCAAUGACGUUAUCGAGUCUGCCACAAACGGAUACACCGAUGCACAGGCAAUUGCGGAUAAGGUUGGCAAUGUUGUAACCACAAUUCACAGCCUACAACCCAGCGCCAAAGUGCUCGUUCUUGGCCUGCUACCCGAGGGUUAUCUGUCCAAGUCAACAACACCGGAUCCCCAGGUUGACCAAGUCAACGCCAUUCUUUCAACGUCAAUUCCAGAUGGCAAAACCACCAACUUCUUGGACUGUAAGGGAGCAUUCCUUAACGAGGAUGGUCUUCUGCUUGAAGAUCACUACAUUAAGGACUCGUUCCAAGUCCUCCAUCUUUCGCCAGCAGGCUACGACGCAUGGGCCCGCAGCAUUGCCCCACAAGUACAGACCCUCCUCGGGGAGAAGCCGCUAGGCAUGCCUGUAGCGCCUCUGCCAAAAGCUGGAGACGGCAGCAGCAGCCUCAACGACACUGCUGGCGACCCUCCUCCUCCGCUCCCAUCCUCCCCUUCUCCCUCCUCACCCUCCUCACCCUCACCCUCCUCCUCUCCACCCUCCUCCUCCUCUCCACCCUCUUCCUCUUCUCCUUCCAACUCCUCCUCCCCUUCCAACUCCUCCUCCCCUUCCAACUCCUCCCCUUCCAACUCCUCCUCCCCUUCCAACUCCUCCUCCCCUUCCAACUCCUCCUCCCCUUCCAACUCCUCCUCCCCUUCCAACUCCUCCUCCCCUUCCGACUCCUCCCCCUCCAACUCCUCCCCUUCCAACUCCUCCUCCCCUUCCAACUCCUCCUCCCCUUCCCCCUCCUCUCCUCAAACCGCUUCUCCUUCCCCCUCAACUCCUCCCACCACCAACACCUCCUCCCCAGCCCCUGUUUCCGCAUCCAAAUCCCCAACCCCAGGCAAAACCCCCCCCACACAUUCUUCCCCCCUCCCUACGGCCAUCAUCCCAUCCCUCACUCCCCCAAAUCCCACCGCCCCCAUGCCAGACCCCCAAGCUCCCUCCUCUCCCUCACCCACUCCCCUCCCAACCCCCUCCUCCCCCUCACCCUCCCAUGAAUCACCUGCCGACCUCUCCCCCUCUCCACCCAUCUCCACCCCAACGCCUGCUCUGGAAGCUCCUGAUGAUGGCGGUUCGAAUCCCAAGAAAGAGAUAUCUGGGGAUGCUGCUGGUGCGGGCACAGGAGGUGGUGGCACAACUGGUGCUGGUGCGGGUGCUGUUGGUGCUGCUAGUGCUGGUGUUGCUGCUGCUGCAGGAGCCACCACCACCCCUACAGGGCAAUCUGCAAGCAAGGCAGCAGCAGCAGGGGCAGCAGCCAGCUUCCAAAGGUGGCAGGUGGUGUUUACCACUCUUGUGGUCCUAGCUUGUACUCUAUCCCUGGGGAUGGUUUAAAGCCAGAAAGCUCAGCAAGGGUGAGAUAGUUGCAUGCAGGGCCCCUGGCUGUUCUAUAUUAGCAUGUAGUGCUUCCGGCUCCUGCAUUCGGCAGUGGAUGGUUGGUAAGCUGUGUUCUAUAUUAGGAUGUGCCCUUAGGUAAGUAGUGCUCCCCGCUCCCCUGCUCAGCCGGGCACGGGUGAGCCCUGUGCUCCAUGCCUUAGGAGCCUUAGAUAUCUUCGCAGUAAGUGGUUUGUGUUCUAUAUUAUGAUGUAGUGUUCUGCAAUGCAGAAAGUGUAAUGUGAUGAAAGUGCUCUUUUGUG